UUUCUGGUUAUGCAUUUACUACACAUUCCUUCAUCUGUUACUGGGCGAGAUUUUAAGUUUGCCUUCUGGUGUGAGCAGGUCAGUCUUUGUAUGACUGUGUGGGUUUGUGUUUGCAUUAGUGACAGAGCCUUUAUUCUAGCCAGUGUGCUCUUGAGAAUGUCUGUGGGUGUUCUGUCCCUUAACUGUAUCUGCUGUGUGUACACCUUUGUGUAUAUAUACGGGAGCAGCGUAACUGUGGUUAGGAAUACAAGCUGCUUAGGUUUAAACGAGGAAGUGCUUCUUAGGAACCGUGUCACCUCAGGCGGCCAGAAUGGAGCUGUGGCCAGGGGUGUGGACCGCGCCGCUGCUCCUCCUCCUGCUGCUGCCCCUCCUGCUGCCCGCCCUGUGGUUCUGCAGCCCCAGUGCCAAAUACUUCUUCAAGAUGGCCUUCUACAACGGCUGGAUCCUCUUCCUGGCUGUGCUCGCCAUCCCCGUGUGCGCCGUGCGAGGGCGAAACGUCGAGAACAUGAAGAUCUUGCGCUUGAUGCUGCUGCACAUCAAAUACCUAUAUGGGAUCCGAGUGGAGGUGCGCGGGGCUCACCACUUCCCUCCCUCCCAGCCCUACGUUGUGGUCUCCAACCACCAGAGCUCGCUGGACCUGCUUGGGAUGAUGGAGGUACUGCCAGGCCGCUGUGUGCCCAUUGCCAAGCGUGAGCUGCUGUGGGCUGGCUCUGCUGGGCUAGCAUGCUGGCUGGCAGGAGUCAUCUUCAUCGACAGGAAGCGCACAGGGGAUGCCAUCAGUGUCAUGUCUGAAGUCGCCCAGACCCUGCUCACCCAGGACGUGCGGGUCUGGGUUUUUCCUGAGGGCACGAGAAACCACAAUGGCUCCAUGCUGCCCUUCAAACGUGGCGCCUUCCACCUUGCAGUACAAGCCCAGGUUCCCAUUGUCCCCAUAGUCAUGUCCUCCUAUCAAGACUUCUAUUGCAAGAAGGAGCGCCGCUUCACUUCCGGGCGAUGUCAGGUACGGGUGCUGCCCCCGGUACCCACAGAAGGGCUGACACCAGAUGACGUCCCAGCUCUGGCUGACAGAGUCCGACACUCCAUGCUCACCGUUUUCCGGGAAAUCUCCACUGAUGGCCGGGGCGGUGGUGACUAUCUGAAGAAGUCUGGAGGGGUGGGCGAGGCCCGGCUCUGAACUCCCCUCCCAUCCCCCCCCACCUCCCUCCCACACCUGCCCGCCCAGUGCGCCCUGAUCCACUCCCUUGUUUCUCCUCUCCCCACUGUUCUCCUCUUGGGAGUCUCCAACUUCUGAAGUGAAUGUGGAUACGGCACCGCUCCUUGCCCCCUCCCAGCCCUCCCCCACGGACUCUCUUGCCUCGGUGCAGUCUCCACUCUGACCCCCACCCACCUCCUGUGCCAUGUUGUCUGUGGGACGGUUGCCUCCCCCCUCAUCUCCAGUGGCUCACCCACACGAGGGCGGGAACACGCCAUCCUUCCCCCGGUGGACCCUCCUCCUUUGUGACCGCUCCCUCUCCACCCCACAUUGGCCAGUGGACUCAUCCAUUCUGUGGAACAAUACCCUCCCACAAGUCCAUGGAUUCAGUGGACUUAUCCAUUUGUGAGGACUCCUCACACUGUGGCUGGAAGCAAGGCCUGAAACAUUCCUGGCUUAUCCUGGGAACACUCUUCAGCACCCUCACACUCCCUCCCAUGGAGCCUGUCAGUGGAGGCUGGACUCUUCUCACUCAGAGGUCUGUCUCAUCCUGCCCAUACCCAGGUGCCCAGGGGUGGGCAUACUCCUAGAUGCCAGUUUGGUCUCCACAUUUCUGCUUCCCCCUGUCCCUGUGGUACGGUUCUUCAGUGGUCCGGGCCCCAAUCCAGCCCCCUGCAGCCCUGCUGUACCAUUCUAACCACACACAAGGGAAGAGGCAGACAUCAGGUGCUGCAUCACUUCUGCUCCCUGGGGAAUUGGGGAAAGGAACUGAACCCUGGCUGGACAGGAUGGGAGGGCUUUUAAUUUAUUUCUCUUUCUUUUGAGGCUUCCCCUCUCUGAGCCAGUUUUCAUUUCCUCCCUGUGGCAUUAACCACUCCUGCCUCCCACCCCAGACCUGUGCCCACAAACUGGGGAGGUGGGUUGGGAGCAAAAGGAGAGGGCGGGACCCAGUUUUGCGUGGUUGGUUUUUAUUAAUUAUCUGAAUAACAGCAAGAAACCGAGAAUAAAGACUGAGAGAGAGAGAGAU